UGUUCCUCGCUGCCUCUCUCUCAGUAUUUCUUUCUACUUGCAGCUUUCUCUCUCUCUCUCUCUAAGAGAUUCAGUCGAUCGAAAGGCCGCCCAUCACCGCCCAUGACUCUGAUGGCUCCUCCACCGUUAGAUCAGGAGGACGAUGAGAUGUUGGUCCCACACAAUGACUUCGUUGACGGACCUCAGCCAAUGGAAGCGGCAGAAGCUGCAAGUACGGUAGAUGCGCAGGCAGUGGAUGAUCCGCCAUCGGGAAGGUUUACGUGGACAAUUGAGAAUUUCUCAAGGCUUAAUACUAAGAAGCUCUACUCUGAUAUCUUCUUUGUUGGAGGCUACAAAUGGCGGAUACUUAUUUUCCCCAAGGGUAACAAUGUGGAUCAUUUGUCAAUGUAUCUUGAUGUUGCGGAUUCAGCAACUUUACCUUACGGAUGGAGUAGAUAUGCACAGUUCAGCUUAGCUGUUGUCAACCAAAUUCAUAACAAAUAUACAGUUAGAAAAGAUACACAGCAUCAGUUUAAUUCACGUGAAAGUGAUUGGGGCUUUACUUCGUUCAUGCCUCUUGGUGAAUUAUAUGACCCUACUAGAGGUUUCCUUGUGAAUGACACAUGCAUAGUAGAAGCUGAUGUUGCUGCCCGUAGGGUUGAUGAUUAUUGGUUACAUGACUCGAAAAAAGAGACUGGUUAUGUUGGACUCAAGAACCAGGGAGCCACCUGCUACAUGAACUCUCUCCUGCAAACACUCUAUCAUAUUCCCUACUUUAGAAAGGCUGUGUAUCAUAUGCCAACCACUGAGAAUGACAUGCCCUCAGGGAGCAUUCCUUUGGCUUUGCAGAGUCUAUUUUAUAAGCUUCAGUAUAGUGACACUAGUGUGGCAACCAAGGAGUUGACGAAAUCUUUUGGAUGGGAUACAUAUGAUUCUUUCAUGCAGCAUGAUGUUCAGGAACUUAACAGGGUUCUUUGUGAAAAGCUUGAAGACAAAAUGAAGGGAACAGUUGUGGAGGGUACAAUACAGCAGUUGUUUGAAGGGCAUCAUAUGAAUUAUAUUGAAUGCAUCAAUGUGGACUACAAGUCAACGAGGAAGGAAUCAUUUUAUGAUCUUCAGCUUGAUGUCAAAGGCUGUAAGGAUGUCUAUGCUUCUUUUGACAAAUAUGUUGAAGUGGAGCGUCUUGAGGGUGACAAUAGGUAUCAUGCUGAACAGUAUGGUUUACAGGAUGCUAGGAAAGGUGUUCUUUUCAUUGACUUUCCUCCUGUCCUUCAACUUCAGUUAAAACGUUUUGAGUAUGAUUUCAUGCGGGAUACUAUGGUAAAGAUAAAUGAUCGCUAUGAGUUCCCCUUGCAACUUGAUCUAGAUAGGGAGAAUGGCAAAUAUUUAUCACCUGAGGCAGAUAGAAGUGUUCGCAACCUUUAUACUCUUCACAGCGUUUUGGUUCACAGUGGUGGAGUGCAUGGUGGACACUACUAUGCUUAUAUCAGGCCAACCCUGUCAGAUCAGUGGUUUAAGUUUGAUGAUGAACGGGUGACAAAAGAAGACAUGAAAAGGGCAUUGGAGGAGCAGUAUGGUGGUGAAGAAGAGUUACCACAGACAAAUCCUGGGUUCAACAACACCCCAUUUAAAUUUACUAAAUAUUCAAAUGCAUAUAUGCUUGUGUAUAUACGAGAAAGUGACAAAGACAAAAUAAUCUGUAAUGUGGAUGAGAAGGACAUUGCUGAACACCUGAGAAUACGAUUGAAGAAAGAGCAAGAAGAAAAGGAGCAAAAGAGAAAGGAAAAAGCAGAGGCACAUCUCUAUACUGUUAUAAAGGUUGCACGUGAUGAGGACCUAGUUGAACAGAUUGGAAGGGAUAUAUACUUUGAUCUUGUGGAUCAUGAGAAAGUUCGUAGCUUUCGUAUUCAGAAACUGACGCCUUUUAAUGUUUUCAAGGAAGAAGUUGCUAAAGAGUUUGGUGUUCCUGUGCAAAAUCAACGUUUUUGGUUGUGGGCAAAGCGUCAAAACCAUACAUACCGUCCAAAUCGACCAUUAACCCUUCAGGAGGAAGCACAGUCAGUUGGACAACUGAGAGAGGUUUCAAAUAAGGCAAAUAAUGCAGAGCUGAAGUUGUUCCUGGAAGUGGAGCUUGGGCAGGAUUUGCGGCCAGUUCCUCCACCUGAGAGGACUAAAGAAGAUAUUCUUCUUUUCUUUAAACUCUAUGACCCUUUUAAAGAGGAGUUCCGUUAUGUUGGGAGGAUGUAUGUGAGGAGUGCUGGCAAGCCAAUGGAAAUACUGGCAAGGAUCAACAAAAUGGCUGCCUUUGGUCCUGAUGAAGAGAUUGAACUUUAUGAGGUUGUCUAUCCAGAAUGUGGUUAUUAUGUCUUAAUGCAUCUGGUUUCAAAAUCAAUUUUAUAUGCACCACAUCUCACAUAUGUGUUCUAUUUACAGGAAAUAAAAUUUGAACCCAAUGUCAUGUGUGAACACAUUGACAAGAAGCUCACAUUCCGUACCAGUCAGCUUGAAGAUGGGGAUAUUUUAUGCUUCCAAAAAUCAUCUGAAGUUGGAAGCGAACAAUGCCGUUAUCCUGAUGUUCCUUCAUUUCUGGAGUAUGUGCAUAACCGUCAGGUUGUUCGGUUUCGAUCUUUAGAAAAGCCAAAAGAGGAUGAAUUUACUCUUGAGUUGUCAAAGCUUCACAAUUAUGAUGAUGUUGUUGAAAGGGUUGCUCAACAUCUUGGCUUGGAUGAUCCUUCCAAAAUUAGGCUUACAUCCCAUAACUGUUAUUCCCAGCAACCUAAACCCCAACCUAUCAAGUACCGAGGAGUGGAACACCUGUUGGACAUGCUGGUUCACUACAAUCAGACUUCUGAUAUUCUGUAUUAUGAAGUAUUGGAUAUCCCUUUGCCAGAACUCCAAGGCCUCAAAACAUUGAAAGUUGCGUUUCAUCAUGCUACCAAAGAUGAAGUAGUGAUUCACACUAUUAGAUUGCCAAAGCAGAGCACUGUAGGGGAUGUUCUUGAUGACCUCAAGACAAAGGUGGAGUUGUCUCACCCCAAUGCGGAACUUAGAUUACUUGAGGUUUUCUAUCACAAGAUAUACAAGAUCUUCCCUCUGAGUGAUAAGAUAGAGAAUAUAAAUGAUCAAUAUUGGACACUACGUGCAGAGGAGAUACCAGAAGAGGAGAAAAACCUUGGUCCUCAUGAUCGCUUGAUCCAUGUUUAUCAUUUUAUGAAAGACACAGCCCAAAACCAACAGGUACAGAAUUUUGGGGAGCCAUUUUUCCUUGUUAUUCAUGAGGAUGAAACAUUGGCUGAAGUCAAAGUGCGAAUUCAGAAAAAAUUGCAGGUUCCAGAUGAAGAAUUCGCAAAGUGGAGGUUUGCAUUUUUGUCACUGGGUCGUCCCGAGUAUCUUCAGGACUCUGAUGUUGUGUCUACUCGUUUUCAGAGAAGGGAUGUAUAUGGCGCUUGGGAACAGUAUCUUGGACUGGAACACUCUGACAAUGCCCCUAAGAGGUCAUAUACAGCAAAUCAGAAUCGUCAUACAUUUGAGAAGCCAGUAAAAAUCUACAAUUAGAUAAGAAACAGAUGAGCGACAACAAACUUAUCGGGUGAAAUCCGUCCCAGAUGGUAUAUGCAGGUUUGUGUAAUAAGCGGAGAAGCCAGAAGGGGGCUCAUUGUUGGCUACUGCAAGGGCUGUUACUGAGUAAAUAAGAUGUGAUUCUUUCAGCGGUAAGGGAGGAUGUGAACCUAGAAACUAUGAUGUUUUCCCGAUAGUUUGGAACCGUUUGCACCUGUGACUUGGGUGAUUUAGGUAGCAUGUCAUGUUAAAUUCCGUUGUAAUUGACUACACAAGAUUUUGUUUUGGGUUUUGGUAUGAAAUUUUCUUUUGGGGAGGGCAGGGGGUGGUGGGGGAUUGUAUAGAAAGUAUAGCGUGGUAGAGGAUUUAUAUCUUUUUUGGUUUCUUGUCUCAAAGAUUCAUAAUUCGUGGCUUACUGGUUUUCCAUAGAUGCCCAAAGAGCAUGAGGCGCCUGUAAAUGUUGUCACUGUUUCUGGGGCUCCAUCUUGUGUAAUAUCAUCAUCAUCAUCUGCUCAACUUGUUUGUGUUCCUUCUUACUUGGUGAAAGGAAAAAGUAUGAUAUACAGUUUACCAUGAUCAAAUUAGUGUUUUCAGCCAUUA